GGCGUCUGUUCAUUGGCUGCUUCCUGACGUCGCUCCUCCCCCGGAAUUGCGUCGCAAGGUCACCAGCCAAACGGGUCACUCGCAGCGCUUCCAAGAUGGCGGCCUCCUUGUGUCAGUGUUACCAGCUCUGUGUCAGGAGAAGUUCUGCACUCUUAGUCAGUCGUCAGUAUGCAGCAUUAUACGACAGAGCUCACGUGUACAGGAUAUGUGGCCCGGCGGCCAGUACAGCACAGGCGAGGUUUAUGUCCAGCGGUGGUGGUCGGAAGGGCUUCCUGGGAGAGUUUCUGGACAAUCUCAAGCAGGAGCUGAGCAAGAACAAAGAGAUGAAGGAGAACAUCAAGAAGUUUCGCGAGGAGGCCAAAAAACUAGAAGAAUCUGAAGCACUCAAGCAAGCCAGGAGGAAAUAUAAAACCAUCGAGUCUGAAACAGUCAAAACCUCUGAGGUGUUGAAGAAAACUCUGGGAACGAUAUCAGAGACUGUGAAGGAGGGUUUAGAAGAGGUGGGUCGCUCAGACAUCGGAAAGAGGAUCAAAGAAGGCGUGGAGGAGGCUGCCAAAACAGCCAAACAGUCAGCAGAGACGGUGUCUAAGGGCGGGGAAAAACUGGGAAAGACCGGAGCGUUUCGGGCGAUCUCACAGGGCGUCGAGAGCGUGAAGAAAGAGAUCGGUGAACUCGGAGAGAGCGGCCCGUACCGGCCGCCCAGCAGACUGAGGAAGAGGAGCGAUUUCUCAUCCAAGGCAGGAGGCACUGAAGCCAAAGUCUUUGAGGCCAACGAGGAGGCGAUGGGUGUCGUGCUUCACAAGGACUCUAAAUGGUAUCAGCAGUGGAAGGACUUCAAGGACAACAAUGUUGUUUUUAACAGGUUCUUUGAGAUGAAGAUGAAGUAUGAUGAGAGUGACAACGCCUUCAUCAGAGCGUCACGCGCCGUCACAGACAAAAUGACCGACAUCAUCGGGGGUUUGUUCUCCAAAACCGAGAUGUCUGAGGUUCUGACUGAGAUCCUGAAGGUGGAUCCGAAUUUCGACAAGGAUUCCUUCCUCAAGCAGUGCGAGAGGGACAUCAUUCCCAACAUCCUAGAGGCCAUGAUCCAGGGAGAACUGGACGUGCUGAAAGACUGGUGCUACGAAGCCACGUACAGUCAGCUGGCUCACCCCAUCCAGCAGGCCAAAGCCAUGGGCCUCCAGUUUCACUCCAAGAUCCUGGACAUUGAUAACAUUGAUUUGGCAAUGGGGAAGAUGAUGGAACAAGGUCCCGUCCUCAUCAUCACUUUCCAGGCUCAACUAGUGAUGGUCAUCCGUAACAUGAAGGGUGAAGUCGUGGAGGGAGACCCGGAAAAGGUUCUGAGGAUGAUGUACGUUUGGGCGUUGUGUCGAGAUCAGGACGAGUUGAACCCCUACGCUGCUUGGAGACUUCUAGACAUCUCCGCAUCAAGUACUGAGCAGAUCCUGUAAAGAUGGUUCUACGAGGGGACUCAGGGGGCGUGGCCCAACCAGGGGGCGUGGCCACACACAUCCGCUUGUUUUACAUAACCACGCCCCCACUGGCUUCUUCCAGAGCCCUUUCAGGAACCCUGACUAAGCCGCAGGGUUGUUCGUGUUUGAGCCAAAAUGGCCGACGGUUGGACUCACGCCAUUGGACCGAAACCCCAUCAGUCUGAAAGACUGAAAGACUCACUUUUGUUUGUGCGUACUGUCUGUCUAACUGUUCAGUAAGGAAUAUGUCGAGUGGUUAUCAAGUGCCAUUCUACACAGCUAUCAGUAACCAUGUUUAAUAAUAAUUAUAAUAAAAGUACUUUAUUUAUAUUGGAUCGAAUCUGAAGAUAACCAGACCUCCUCAGGCGUCUUAAACCGAGAUACAGUCUGGACUUGUUGCAACUGACAGGCCACCAAUGGCAGUUCGACAUAUUUAUUAAAGAUUUGGCUGUGUAGUUUUAUCAAUUACAGAUUGCAUCUUUAAGGUCGGCCUUAACGUUUUCACCUUCCGGAGUGUUUGGAAAAGUUCAAUGAAUUUAUUAAGCCAUCAAAUAGUCUUUUAUUCAUUUCCGUCUCUUGUGGGGCUAAAAUUGCAGGUCGUCUUCAAAAAUGACAGUAUGUAGAAUAUCGUUCGUAUAAAAAUGAGUUGCUGGUUGUUGUAGACCUUUAUUAUCUGGAUCAAAAACGUGAAAUGUAUAUUAAAACUAUUCCAUGCUUCACCACUCACCAUGAAA